UCCACCCGUUACUUCCGCUCCCUGUGAGCAAACCCCGUUGGUUGAUAUUAGAGCUCGGUUUCCGGUUUUUCCUUCUUUUCGGCAGCGGCUUGAAACACGCCAAGAUGCCUCUCGCAAAAGACUUGUUGCACCCAUCCCCCGAGGAGGAAAAGAGGAAGCACAAGAAGAAAAGACUCGUUCAGAGUCCGAACUCCUAUUUCAUGGAUGUGAAGUGCCCAGGUUGUUACAAGAUCACUACUGUAUUUAGCCAUGCACAGACAGUCGUGUUGUGUGUUGGCUGCUCAACAGUGCUGUGUCAACCCACUGGAGGCAAAGCUAGGCUCACAGAAGGGUGCUCAUUCAGACGAAAGCAGCAUUAGAAUGCUACGGUUUCUGGAAGAUGCUGUACAGGAUUCAGAUUAUGGAUCUCUUGGAAUAAAGGCUGUUUGGUGCAGUCCAACCCAAUGGGACCUGGAUCGUCUAUCAGUAAUUGAUUAAUGAAAUUUCAUGUGG